GGCACACCAUGCCUCCACAGUGGCAUCUGGUCUUCACUUUGCCACUGCUAUGGACUCUGAUCGUGGCUCACCCAGAGCUCCUCCUGGACGGUUCUGAAUGCCCCCUCAAUUGCAGCUGCUCUUUCAUGGAACAGUUCAUUCGAUGCUCAAACGCCAGCCUGUCUUCUCUUCCCACUGGCCUCCCACGCGCUACAGUGGAGCUUGACCUGCAGUUCAAUCAGAUUGAGAGCCUGCUGGCAGCCUCUUUCCCAGAUUUGCCUGAGCUCACCACUCUUUACCUUGGGAGCAGCCAUCUGCGCCAAAUUGAGACCGGAACCUUUCAGGGUUUGAAGAAUUUGUACCACCUCCAUCUGGACAACAAUCUUCUAGAAGAGAUUCCAGAAGGGGCCUUUGAAAACCUGACCAAUCUGGUCUUUCUGCAUCUGGAGCACAACCAAAUUGCUUACCUUUCACCAGGUGCAUUUUCUUCUUUGAAGCAACUGAGUGUCCUGGACUUAAGUCACAACCUGUUGAUUGAAGUUUCAGACAAACCUCUUAGUGGUCUCCAGGAGUUGCGCCAACUUCACCUGAGUGCGAACUUUAUUGCCAACCUGUCAGCCCGAGCUCUUCCAGGCAGAUUGCGCAUCCUCUCCCUUGACUGGAACAGGCUGAAGAGUGUGCCCCUUGCCAUUCGUAAUUCAGCCUCACUCUCCAGCCUUCAUCUUAGUGGCAACCCCAUCAGGGAGCUGUCGUCUUUCUCCUUUGGGAGGAAACUCAGCUCCUUGAGGCAGCUGUUCUUAGAGAACCUGCCCCUGGAGAGCAUCACCAGCUCGACAUUUAAAAGGCUACGCAGACUCGAGGUCCUGAGCCUGAGGAACAAUAACUUGGCGUCCCUGCCAUCUGUAGCAUCACUGAAGUCUCUCUCUGCUUUAUAUCUGACUGGGAACAAGUGGCAUUGCGACUGCAACUUGAUCUGGCUUCGUACCUGGCAGAAGAAAGUAUUGAGAAAAGAUCGCAGCCCAGUGGAGUGCAGUUCACCGGAGGCCCUUCAGGGACAACAACUGGUGAAUAUAGAGUUACAGAAACUGACUUGCCCACCUUUUCAAAUGGAUUCAGACACAAUCAGCAUUUCUUCUGCAAAUGUACCCAAGGCUGCUACUCUACCCAGUAAAGAACACUCACCACAGGCUGCUACAACACUUCCUAUCACUACUUUAAUUACCAGCAGGAUGACCUCCACCACGGGACCAGCUACUCAUAAUAAUGCCAUCACAGGACCAACAACUCCUGAUAAACAUCAUAUGCAGGAGAACUAUGACCCCUGCCUCUCUAAUCAGAUUAGUAGCAUCAGCACACAGGCAAAGGGCAACACUGGCCUGGUGGUUACCUGGUCUUUCUAUGGGAAUCAUGACCAAUUUGAAGUACGAUACAAGUCUUCUGUGGAUCAGCAUAUACUGCGAGUUAUUGGAGGAUUAACUGAGAUUGAGCUUCACCAUCUUCAGCCAGGGACGGAUUAUAGAAUUUGCAUUAUCCCUCAGAACAAGAACCUCUUUGAGUGUGUGGCCCCUACAGCCCAGCAGUGCACAUUAGGGCAUAUUGGAGCCCAUGUUCUACCUCAACACAGCAACAUAGCCCUAGGAACCGGUGUCAGUAUCACACUUUUAGUUAUGAUUGCCCUGGUUUCGUUUGCCUUCUACAGGUGGCGGUUCCAACCGAUGCGGUUCCAACGCUACUAUGAUGAAGAUGGCCCAUCUUUUCAGAACCAAGCCAUUUCCCAGUCCAAGCUGACCUCAGAGUCUAUCUAUGAGAACUUUGAGAAUGACCAGCAUGUUUAUAUGACAGCUGCCAGCCAAUGGCCUGAAGAGAAGGUAGACUGCACUCCUAUUGCCCCAUCCAGAUUUCCAUCUACACCAAGCUAUGUGAGUCUCUGAUAUCUAAAGCAACAAAAAAUCCAGUUCAAAGUCUACAAGCUCAAUUAGUCACUUUCUAAAAGGGCUAAUCAUUAUGAAGGGCACCCAUACUCUUUAGAGCUGUGGGUAAAAGAGUGGCUGAUCUAUACAUGACCAUAAUUAGAUGCUGAAGCAAACAGAAGACAUCCUCUCA